UUCUUUUCAUAUAUAGCUCGAGUGUUACUUGUGGAUUAUAGUCCCCCAUUUGACGCAGAUACUUGUGAAUACCUACAUGACGCUCUAGUGAAUUUCUUUUCACUUGUAACACAUCUGAGUGGACCUUGCAGAACACCAUUCUUUGGUUUAUUUGCGCUUACAAAAUUUGUUGAGGUGAGUCCGACUUUAUUUAUUUUUUGAAUUCCUUAUAUGCAUCGCCAAAAGCUAUAUGAUUUAUACUGACAGCCAUAACGUUAUCACAAAUAACUUGAAAUGUUGCAUGUACAUCAGUUAUUUCCCUGACGAGGACUUAUCUAUCUUUAACUUAAACUUUUUCAGCUUUAAAUACAGUUAUAAAGCCAGUAGUUAAUUGAUUUCCAAGAUUUUUUUUACUAUGGCCAUCCGCGUUGUGUGGUGUCGUUAUUAUUAUUAUUAUUAUUAUUAUUAUUAUUAUUAUUAUUAUUAUUAUUAGUAUUAUUUUUCAGUUUGUAAGUAUAUUAUCGACUGUGAAUAAAUGAGUGACUUAAUGUAAUAUCGAGUUGUUGUCAUUUACAAUUCCUUAGUACUGAACGCACCAGUAAAAUCCAAAGAUCCUUUUCAGCCUCAUACUGGUCUGAGAAUAACAGGGGAACUGUAAGGCCCCUCAUUACUACCGUCUAAGCCAUUCCUAGUGAUAAAACAUUCAGUUGCAAUUUACUUAUAGUUUGCCUCACGUUUGCUCUUGUCAUGUUUAACCUUUUCAGAACCUGUUUUCCUUACAACAUGUUAGAGGGAACUUUUCUAGGCUUCACUCCUCCUUCGGGGAACUGAAGCUUCUUGCCAAAGAAAAAUCGACUUGUCCGUGCACACCAGGUACAUAUUAUAUCACCCAGCAUAACUUACCAAUUAUCCUUCGGUGAAGCUAUAGGGCAAUCCAUAAAGUUAAAGGCUUGAAAUACAUUAAACAGCAUUUUGAGCUUUCCUUUCGAGUUAUUUUUUCGCCAGUGAAAGUUAUUUUUACUAUGGCUUAUACUAUAUACUUAGUUUACAUAACUAAUAAGGCCCUCAUUUCUUUUUAAGACCUUAUUUUACAGGGCCUUCGAGAGACUUCUGCUCAGUUCAGGCGACAAUCGCAAAGUCUAAGGCAGGUGAGAAAUUUUCUAUAUCAUAUAACCACUCCAUUUGAUUUUAUGUUAAUUGCAAAUAACAUGUAUUCCUGAUCUGCGUAAGCUAAGUACCUUUUUCAGGCUUCAGGUACAUAAUAGGGUAGGUAUCUCAAGAGUUGAUGUAUUUGAAAAAGAAGCGAGGUAUGUCAAUCAACAUCUAAGUAUUUACAGUCUAUGAAAGGAACUUGGAAAAUUUUUCAAAAUUAAAAAAAAAAACGGAUCUUAAGACUGUACUAUACAAGAUAGAAAACUGGGACAGACAGAGAGAGAAAGCUCAGUCUCGGCCCUUGGGUUAUGCCAAUUUCACCAAAGUUACUUUCGGACCAAUUAAGCCCUUGAAAUUAAUUGGAAGUCGGUUUCCGGCGAAAACUGUAAAUUUUUAUUCAGUGACGUUACAAGAUGUUGCUGUUAGUGUUAUAAUGACAGUAAAAGCAAUGGCGUCGCGCAUGGAGCUGGACUUGAUGAUGACGUUUUCAAAAAAUCAAUUUAAAUGUGCAACAUCCCAGGAAUUAGACUUACGUUUAAUUACAACCUCAUAUCCCGGCCAACGCCGUAAGAUUCCCUAUCUGUCCCAUUAUCCUCUCUUGGCCUACAUUAUCAUAUUUUAUUUUAUUUUAAUGGCGGCAAUGUUUGCUCAGUCGGUAAAGCGUGUGACUGCAAAGGGGGAGGUCGCGGGCUCGAUUUCCGGGGCCGGACCAGUACUCAGGGUCUUAAAAUAACUGAGAAAUGAAGGUACCACUUUUGUACUGCAAGCGGCUAGACAUUCGCGUGGCUCGGAUGACCAUGUAAAAUGGCGGUCCCUUCUCCCGUAAGAGACGUAAAAAAUAGUGUCCCCAGUUAGUACUUUCCUACUUAAUACAUUGACACUCAAAUAAAGUGCAUUUUUUUAAUACUACUGCAUGAAAAUGACAAGAAGAUUUCCUGUUAGUAGGUAAUGUGAAAGAGUUACCAUUAGUCAAAGGAAAUUUCGAAAGGGGUGCCUUUUUCUGCCGAAAUUUUCUAGUAGACUGAGAGUUUUAAAUUAGCGUCGUGGCUGCCACUGAGCUGAAAGAAGGUUUACAAAAACCAGAGCUUAGUUGGUCUUUUGAAACUUUGUUUUUUUAGAUGAGUACUUCAAGUUGUCAGCUGGAGAUCAUCUUCUUCACUUGUAGGGCAGCAGCUUCUGUAACAAAACAUAUCGAAAAGUUUUCGAAGAGCCUCGAUCUUGAAAGCCUGAAGGUUGGUUAAAAUCGCCGGCUCCGAUAAACUAAACUCACAACUCAUUUAAACUGAAUACUGAGUUUCAGAUUAAGACAUUUACCCUAAGUGAACUUAAUCAUGUUUAAUUGCCAGUUACAACCCGCUCCCCCCACCCCCCACCUUGUUUCCUUUGUUAAUACCUGCUGUGUACGCUGGGCCCCUUUUUGGCCGAAACGAACUAUCUCGAUGCCAAGCGGCUCUGUGAGCGUUGGUUUUGGCACAGUAAUUAUAACAAUUACGAUAAAAAAUAAUGCUAUAACGAUAGUGCAAGCCAACUCUAUUAAGUGAUAUCAAGUCAGUCCCGAUUGAUUUAUUCAUGUGUUUACAAAUACCAACAGAAUACUAUACUAAACAAAUUUAUACAAGGAAAAUCAUAUUUAUUACAAUUCACUUUAACUUCAGAAAAUUCAGGUAGUUAUGGUGCAGAGUUCGGACGAAAUAAGUGUGGAGGAAGAAGACAGCCGCUCUGGUGAGAGAAAAACAGUAAAUAAUUAAACAACCCUAUUUCUUCCAUAAGAACAUGGAAGUUUUAUAUCAUUAGAAAUACUAUAUCGAACAAAAGACAAACCCAAAAAACUGGCUACGAUUCACUUUUUCAACCCAUCUCAUCAGUAUUAGGUAACGCUGCCUCAUUUGCUACUCCAUAACUCCAGCUAAUUUCAAUCAUGUCCAGUAGUGCUGCGCUGCCAGUUCGGACCUUAACAACACUGCUUUAAGAGCAGUUGACGGAUCGCACGCUCCUUAAAAAAGGUCAGCCUUGCUAAUGUUCCGUAUUCUGAGCACAUACGGAGCAUGUAUCUCAUUUUUACAUCAGGGCACUGUUUGUUACAGUUCGUACGAUCCAUACGAUCCGUAGUGCUUCAUUGACACGGGCCGACAAAACGUGUAUAUACCCUCUCUUGCCAUGAAAAUAUUCUAAGUCCCACUAAUGAGAUGUAGUUUACCGACAGUAUACAGCUCUUUACGGACGAUCCAUUACAGUACGGGUGUAUUGGACAACCCUUUUUUUGUCUCAGAAAAUAGUAGCUGUUUGAUUCAAAGAAAGCAAACAAAAUUCAUGUCCUAAUAAAAAGGUAUUUCAGACAACAACCACAACAACAACUAGUUUAAAUCAUCAUCGUCUUUUUGUUUCAAGAGGAAGACAGCUCACCUGGAACAGAAGAUGAGGGACUGAUGGGUUGUGGCCUGGUAGACGUUGUCUCCUUGGAGAAAGGUAUCGCGGCGUGGCGAGUCACCCUAGCUCUUUUAGCUAAUUCCUAAGGCUCUCUAGUUAAAUCAUCACAAAAAACAGUAACAUUCUGAAAAAACAUAAAUGUUGCUGCAGGCAGACCAACUGGCUCGUUGCAAGAAAAAUAAAUCCAAAAGUGCUCAGAGCGUGAGUUUACCUUGGCCCCCAGUUUGACAGUCAGAAAUGCUGACUAUUGUUUAUUGACGCUGUCCCUAUGAACUAAAACAAGAUACUAUUCGUAUCAUCAACAAAAGCAAUUGAAAAGCGAGGUGUAAGGUAGCAAUUGACUUUAGCUGUGACUUCUCUUGUGGAUAAAGGCUGAAUCCACAAAUCAUGCUGAAUCAUGCUGCCUCGCUACAGUGCGUGAAGGGGCUACUUUUUAUAGUUGAAGAUUAGCUACUAACAGAGUUUCACGCGUGACUUGGAUAUAUUUGCACUUGACGAUACAAAUCGUUGAAUCGUGGCGUCCGAAUGUGUCGUAGUCGUAGCAGGAAAACGAAAUUAAUAUGACAAAAAAGGUUACUAUACAAAUCAGUUUGUUGGUUGAAGCGAUGACGGGCAAAUGUUAACUUACAAUUUGUAUUCCAUAUGCGGCUAUGGCCAGUAAUCUUCGUAUCUUCGAUGCGUGAUCAGUGACACUUUAAAAAUGUAAUUUGCGUAACUAAAAACCUUGCUUUUACGUGGCCAGUAGUGACCCGACCUAUUUUUCCCGCGUUACGCAAAGUUGAGGUGUCGUUAAAGGCAAUCAAAUAUAUAAAAAAAACCUCAGCCUAAACAAACGGCUUGCAAAUCACAUACCUAUAGUUACUCUCUCUGAACAGUAUCUUGUGUGUAGGUCAUUAAGAGUAAUUUUCUCAAGUUAUGAAAAAUAAUGCUCUUUUCCAUUCUGCAGAUGUCCUAAAUUUUCAAAACUUUUUCAAGACAUGGCUGCUUGAUUGUGGCACAGAUCAAGAGCAUUUACGAUUGUCUCUGCCCGGCGCGUUUAACCAGGAUAAAGAAAGUACGUUUAAAAAAUGUGAAGCAUCGAAGGCCCAUUUUUGUUCUCAGUCAGUAGUAAAGUUGUUUCAUCAUCAGGGUUCAGUCGUCAUCAGCUUACUCCCAUAUAGUGAUCUAUAGUACAACGUCUUCCAUUUCACCGCUUAAUCCUAAGCAACGAACAAAUUUAAAUAAUCUUUUUAGUUACAUCAUCAAUAUUAACAUCUCUAUCACCGUCGUAAUAAACACUGGCCACUAUCAUCAAUUUAAUUGUCAUGACAUUGCAUUGCAUUGCAUAUACAUCCGAGUAUUAGAAAACCCCAAAAGCAUAGCUUUAAAAAGAAAAUACAUAAUUGCUCACUACAAAUCCUUUCACAGACAAACGCCCGCGAACCUGAUCUUUUCUACGUUAUUAGGACAAAUGCAACAUAUUCACAUUCGUCCGUAACUCACCCACUCAUUAUCUUUGCCAUCAUCUUAAUAGUGUACUUGUAAGCUUCUGAUUUAUUCCGUGUUCCAGCUAACCUCAGCGUUAUUAUUUAAUGUAACUUUUCUUCCUCUCUUUACCUUUUGUACACUGUUUGUACAAUGUAUAUAAAUAACUUUUUGUUGACAUGUCAAUUGGAUACCAUUUGGAGUGCGUAUUUUGUUCUUUCUAGACACAGCCCUCCUAGACUAGCCUUUUCUGUUUGUGGGCAGUGAGAAAAUAAAAUUGUAAAUCUGAAUUAACCAAUAAAAUGAAAUGAAAUGAUAAGCAUAAUAUCCUCAUCACCAUCACCAUCACCUUGAGUGUCAUCCUUAUCAUUGUUACUUUCAUCACUAACACCACCACAACCACCACCUUCAUCAUCUUCGUCAUCACAGGAGCCCAUAUUGUCAUCAGCAUCAUCGUUGUCGUCGUCGUCGUCUUCGUUUAUUACUCGCUGAGAGCUUAAGCAACCACGCUUCCACUACAACGACAACGUCAAAAAAAAAAAAAAAAAAAAUUGCCUUUAUGAGCAAAAAAACAGCUCUGCACGUACAUCAAUUCAGUGACGUCCCCCGCCCGAUUACGACGUGUAACAUACUAACGCGACGUUUCAUGGGGGACCUGAACAUACGACGACGAAUUUUCCAUUUUCUUUUUUUUCCUUGAUAAAGUCCUUUCUAAUUCAACUCAAGGAAAAAAUGCCUGCAUUCGAAAUUUGGGGGUCCAAAAAAAGGCGAUAAAUCCCAUCUCAAAGAGGCCCAUAUGGUCAUCAGCAUCUUCGUUGUCGUGUUGUCCGUUUUCUUUUAUUCCUCGCUAAAAGCUUAACCACCACCCCUUCCCAAAAAACACAAACGAAAAAAAAAAAAAAAAAAAAAAAUUGCCUUUAUGAGCAAAACAACAGCUCUGCACGUACAUCAUUUCAGUGACGUCCACUGCACGAUUACGACGUGUAACAUACUAACGCGACGUUUCAUGGAGGACCUGAACAUACGACGACGAAUUUUCCAUUCUCUUUUUGAUCCUGGAUAAAGUCCUUACUAAUUCAACUCAAGGAAAAAUCGCCUGCAUUCGAAAUUAGGCGGUCCAAAUAGAGGCGAUAAAGUUUGAAUCGACGCAAGUUAACUUUGUUAACCCCGGAAAGCUUUCACUGCCGUCGUCGUCGUCGUCGUCUCUUAAGCUCCCUACUGUCAUCACAGUCAUCAUAAGCAGUAUUAUGUUCAUCUUAAUCAUCAUUUACAUCUUCAUUUAUUUCAUACUGAUUUCGUAACCGAAAUUCCGUUAAGGCGUUGACUUAGCUACGUUACUAAAAUCUGAAUAUUUUCAUAUCACAUCAGGUGAUCAAAGUCAGGAAAUGGUCGACACAGGCCUUACUUUAAAGUGCGAUCUUCACGAAUCUUUGCUGGAUCCUUUGCAUUUACCUUACCAGUUUAAUUAUGUAAGUGUUAUAUAUAAAUCUCCUGUUCACUACCGCAGAUUUUCAAUUAGCCAGCAAUGCUGCAACCCUCUCUAAGUUUAUGAUACCAAGGCUGGAGUUAAAGCGUACUGUAUUUAUGAAAAAUUGUCAUUUCGUGCGUGAAUCUGAAAUUUUAUAUCGUAUCAUUAUGAACAAUUCGUUACUGCUAUUUAAAAUCUGUGAGUCUCAUUUCAAGUCACAAGCUCACAGCAAGCCUUCGACAUUAUGCUGUCCUUAAUAUUUUAAUCCUCGAUUUCAAUACCUUUAUCGUCCGAAAUACUGCGUAAAGCAACGUGAUAAUCAGUGGUUAAAAUAUGAAAGCAGAGAAUUUCCUUGUUAACAAUCAGAAAACCAGUACCGAGGUUAUACCUUGAGAAAUAACAUAGCCUCUGAAAAUUCUUCACUUCCAAGCCACAAUUUUAGUUCAGUGUCAAAAUUAUUCAUCUUAAAUGUGAAGCAGCAAUGGGCCUUUGCAGAGAAACGGUCACAUGGUUUAAAAAUGCCUUGCUGGGUGGCAAACGACACAGCUGGGCAAGAAAAACAAGGAAAUUACAUCACUCAAAAAGCUAAUAUUCUUUCUUUUCAAGGUCCCACUGCGUUGUUUGCCCUCCAGCAAGGUGGUUUUGUACAAUGUGACGGUUUCCCUGCAAAGGGCCCAUCGUAAGAGAGUAGACGGUUUGGGAAAUUAUCGUAGCAAGGCAUGCAGCAUUGUCUCCUGCAGUAACUUAAAUAACUGAUCGUCUUUGUUUCAAUUUAAUCCACAGACGGUGGGCUCAGAGUCAACAAAUCUAACGAGUAAAGGGGUAGCAGUUACAAAACCUACCGUAUUGAGUUAUCCGGUGUAUAAUUUGGCUGCAGUAAAACUCGUUAAGACAGAUGCAAUAUGUGAAUCUGUGGUAAGCAAACAUUGAUUCAUUUUAUUGCUUGUAAGGUUGUCAUUUUGUUAUUGCUUAGCGUGCUAAUGAAUGUUAAAAACAGGUUUACGGGAAAAUUUUAGCGUACAAACUUUUGUUUGAAAGCACAUUCACCAGAGUGACUCAGUUUGUUUCUUUACUAAUUUUGUUCUUUGGUUAUCUGCUUUCUUUUUGUUUUUGCAUGUUCCUUGAGUUAGCUCUUCGGAAUGGUGAGUUUACUAAAUUAUAAUAUAGGGUACUUCCAAUAAUUCUUUAUAUACUAUGUCUUUCCUUCUUUCCUUCCUUCCUUCCUUCCUUCCUUCCUUCCUUCCUUCCUUCCUUCCUUCCUUCCUUCCUUCCUUCCUUCCUUCCUUCUUUCCACCCUUCCUUCUUUCAACCCUUCCUUCUCUCCUUCCUUCUUUCCUUCCUUCCUUCCUUCCUUCCACCCUUCCUUCCUUCAUUCCUUCCUUCCUUGCUUCCUUGUUUCUUUCCUUCCUUCCUCCCUCCCUCCCUUCCUUCCUUCCACCCUUCCUUCCUUCCUUCCUUCCUUCCUUCCUUCCUUCCUUCCACCCUUCCUUCCUUCCUUCCUUCCUUCCACCCUUCCUUCCUUCAUUCCUUCCUUCCUUGCUUCUUUCCUUCCUUCCUCCCUCCCUCCCUUCCUCCCUUCCUUCCUUCAUUCCUUCCUUCCUUCCUUCCACACUUCUCGUUCCUUUCUACUUGCUUCCUUCUUUCCUUUUCCCCUUAGUUAGUUCUUUCGUUCGUUCGUUCGUUAGUUCGAUCAUUCAUUCAUUCAUUCAUUCAUUAUUUUUUUAUGUCCCUCCUUCGUUUCCUCCAAAUUAAACACUUUCUACAUUUGUCCUUUCAGCAUACUGCAUACAACACAUGUCAACCGAAUCCCAACGACUUUCUUGGCACCAGCCUGAAAAACAGCAAUAACUGUGGACACAGAUUUGAGUUAAAUUAACCACUAGUUACUUCUUCUUUUCUUUUCUUUGUGGCAGCCCUUCAUUGUUCGACCCACGUUGUGCUGGAAGCUAGACUGGGAGGAUCUGGAAAGUAACCAACAGCAUUUCCAUGCCCUGUGUUCAGUAUUAAAUGAAAGGGUACAAUUUACAUUUUCUUUUUAAACAGGUGACAAGAGCUUGGUUGUUAAUGAGGUGCUGCUUUUUUUAUAAGUACCCCUUAAACUUCAUUCCGAGUGUUUCUCUUCAUAUCAAUGGAUACCAUAGAGCACAAUGAAAAAAAUUUUGAUUAAAGUUCACAACUUAAACCAUAUCCCUGUUUUCUUGGAGAACAUUUUUUUGUUUAUCGUUAAUGAACAUGAACUUUAUUGUGUAAUUUCCGAUCUCACUCAGUUUUAGCUUCGUCGCCCCGCGUUAAUUUUGUUUAGGCAAAUAAUCCUUUUUUCUGUUCUUCUUUAAAAUCAAAAAGGGCGUCGCCUUGUUGGCCAAGACAAGUUAUAAGCCUGUGACAUUGCCUGGUGUUGAGAAGCCUGUGACACCCUUGUCUGCAGAAGGACACUACUUGUUUCUUCCUUCUGAUAAUAACUCUUUGUUGCUAAAGUCCAUUGCUGUUAGUGAGCUGAUGUUACCUAAUGAUUUCCAGUCUUCUGUAGAGGGACCUAGCGACAGUGCCUUAUCAGCUGUAGCCACAUGUCUUGACCAGGUAAAGUUU